UUGUUGAAAUGUUGCAUUGUGAACUCGUGACUGUCAUCAUCAUCUGAAUAAAAUGAGUCCCCCACAUUACACUCUUAAGGUGAUUGUUUGCGUCCAUUUCAUUUUGAUGAUAUGGGGAGCACAGUUUGUUAGUUUGAUGCCAACUGUCUAUUGGCUGAGUAAUUCCUUUGUACUACUAUUAGGGAUAUGGAGUAUAGCUAGUCCAGAUUCAUUUGAUGCUGUUCUUAUGUAUCUUAUCCUUCACUUGUUCACAAUAUUAGAAGAUAUUGUAUUGCUGGGAAUCUAUCAACCAAGGGCUAGUAGAAGUAUAGAAGUCAACAACGUUCAACAAGGUGUAAAAGAUGAAUACAGAUUUAGCUUGGGCAUGGUUAUCACUAACUUGAUCCUGAAGCCCUUGACUGCAUUCCUUCUAUGGAGAAUAUACCAGGACAGAGGAGGGAGAUUCUCGGACUUUAAUUUCCCCAACCUCCCACAAUUUGGAGGCAGUCCCCCUGGCCAGGGUAACUAUGAGAAUAUAGAUCAGCCAGUUCCAACUAACAAUGUAGAGACAGCAUCAUCAAACAUAGAGAAACCACAUCAGUAACUAAACAACAGACCAUCAGGUGUCACAGGAGUGAAUCAGUCACUCACUAGUCAUAGCUAAAACCAGACUAGCUAACUUUACAGACAUUACAGCUAAGAUCAAACCAGUUAACAGCUCAAACCAGACCACUUAACUAAAAGCCAAACUAUUAGAGCUAUAACAAACCUAACAUUAAAUUUUAAAACAGUUUACUAUAGUAGUCCUUAUGUACAUGUAAUCUAUUCAAAUGCAAACAGUUCAUAAUACUACAUAUUCACUGGAUUUUAAGCAGUAUUCACCAGAGAGUCAGUGCGUGUGCAGCAGCAUUGUGACGUCACAAUCAAUACCUCAAACAACGUUGAAAACAGUGGUUGCAACAGCCAUAGCCGGAUGUGUAUUUGAGCAGGAAAAAUGUUAGGCAAGUUUAUCCCAGGAUUAUUUUCUGAACAAUUUGAUGGCUUCCAUACAGCAAAAGAAAAAACAAAGAAGUUACAGGUUGUUAUCUGGACUUUUUCUUUUUUCUACGACAGAAGUUUGUUAAUGGAAAUGGUAUCGUCAUGCAGCCUUCAAUGUCUUACUCAUUCAAAUCCUGACUAUAUAAUUAAACAAUUAUGGACUCUUUUGGUUGUGAACAUGGUUUCAAAUUGUUUCACACCAGAGACUUUGGCUUCCCCUCGGUCAAUAUUUUUCUGAUGAAUAACAAACCAUAUUCACUACCGAAAGAGUCCAUAAUUGUAUAAUACUAAAUGAAACCACAGCAUUACAGCUGAAAACCAAACCAGUUGACUAAUAUUCACCUUACACCAUAAACCAAGAUUUAAAACUUGCACCAAAAUAAAACUAAAUCAAUACGUGUAGCUAACACCAAGUCAGUAAAGCCCAAUCCAAAUUAUUGACCUUUGGCUUUUGAAAAUGGAUUAUAUAUGUAUGGGGUUUUUUUUUGCACCACCAUGAAUAAGGCUGGGGCAUAUAGUGUUUGUCAUGUCCACCUUCCGUCUUCCGUCCUUCCAUCUGUUCAUCUGUCACACUUUACAUUUAGCCCAGUUUGAAAAAUUUUAAUCCAUACAUUGAUACAGAUUGGUGAGAGCUUUUGAAGUAUAUCAUAAUUUUUUUAAAUUGAUGUUCCCUGUGACCUUGACUUCACAUAUAAUUUUCUGACCUUGACUUUUCUUUGACCUUGACAUUACUUAUCUUUUUUUUGCAUUUAGCUCAGUUUCAAAAUAACUUUUCAAGAUACAUGUAUCUCAUACAUCAAUACAUAUUGGUGGGAAAUAUUCAAGUAUGUCAUAAUUUUCUGACCCUGACCUUCCCUAUGAUCUUGACCCCCACUAUUCCUCAUUUUACAUUUAUCUUAGUUUAAAAGAACUGUUUAAGAUAUUUUCACAGAACUCCAAACAAUGAUACAUGUUGAUGGGAGAUAUUCACUUGUGUCAAAAUUUUCUGACCCUGACCUUAUUUAUGACCUUGACAUCACUAUUAAUUAGUUUGCAUUUAGAGCAGUGUAGAAGAAACUGCCCUUUUUAUUUUCAUCAAAACUUGAUAGGAGCUUUUCAACUGUGUAAUAAAUUUUUGACUUUGACCUUCCCUAUGACCUUAACUUCAAUUUUCAAGGUAUUUUCAGAAACUGCCCUUUUUAUUUUCAUCAAAACUAGUACACUGAUACAUAUUGAUGGGAGCUUUUCAACUGUGUAAUAAAUUUUUGACUUUGACCUUCCCUAUGACCUUAACUUCAAUUUUCAAGGUAUUUUCAUUAACUUUAUACUAAGUUACAUAUUGGUUAGAGCAAUUAUAUGCUGUCAUAAUUUUUUUUUUACCCUGACUUUCCUUAGGACUUUGACCCUCCUAUGACCUGAAUACCACUUUUAAAGAUUUUUUAAUUAAAUUUCAUAUGACUUGCUGUGGUACAUACAUGUACUGGUGAGGGCAAUUCAGCUGUGUCAUUUUUAGUAGACAAAUAAAGCGUGUUUUCAUGUCGCAAUACAAAUGUACCAUGUGCGAGGCAUUCAUGUUCUGUGAACAUAUUGCUAGUUAAAUUUCAAAAAUGUGUUUAUUCCUCAAAUACUUUCUUUUUGUGAUUUAGUUUUGUGUAAAGAAUUAUCUCUGUUCUUGUUCAUCAAUGCAAAAAUCAUGAAAGGACAAAUUAAGACAUUUUUAUUUUGUGUUUGUUUAGUGUGUCCAAAUUUAGGAAAUACCCUACAGUGUGAUCCAAUUGAUAAGGUUAAAAAAAAUUGAAAGUCAGUUUCAAAAUUUCAAAUUCCUUAUUACGAUAAGGUAUGUAUGUAUUUAUGUGACAUAUGGACUGCCAUGAUUUUUUUAACAUUGAGGGUACAUUGUGCAACCAUAGAUAUUUCACAUAUUAAGCUGUGGUAAUGGUGUAACCGUUUGAAAUUUGAAGUAUUCUACUAGGUAUUUGCUCCAUGUUUUCUUUUGCACUUAAAUUUUAAUACACUUUCUUUUUAUUGGGAUUACAUGUAUUUCUUCCAAGAUAAGGCAUGUAAGGGGUAGUAUGGUUUAUGCUAUUAUGACUAUCCUGUGACUUUACUUAAACUUGAUGUUCAUUUUAUAAUCAGGUAUCAUCCCAUAAUUUGUGUGCAUAAUCAUAAGUGCAGGACUAUAGCACUCUAUUGACCAUUUAUAGGUUAAACUAGUCCAUUGAUUCUCAUCCCUUCUUCCUUUCAUAAUGCUUGUGUGGGUACAUGUGAACAUUCCAGUUUUUUAAUGUAUGCCAGUGACUGUGAGGCUACUGAAAUUUAGAUGUUUGCUAAGAAUAUGCCUUAAUAUGUUAUAGUGGAUUAUUGAAUGUUUUUUUACCUAUUAAUUGUUGUUACAAGAUAUUGAUGUGCAAUAUUCACUGGUCAGUGUAAAUGAAAUAUGCUUUAUAAUUUGAUAUCCCUUAUAUAUAUUCUGUUAUUAUAUUUUACAUUUUGUUUAAACAUUUGUAAAAGUAAAUUUCAUGUAAUAUCUACAUUCCUCAUUAUACACUGUAUGAAGCAAUCUUGUUUUAAAUCUUUUUUGUAAAUAUUGAUGUACAUUUUU